AAAGCACAAUUCAAUAAUGAAUAAAAAAUUAUACAAUAUGAGAAAUAAAAUUGAGAAAAAAACUCCAGUGGUUUAAUUUCGCCGGUACAAUAACAAUUCAACAAUAUUAUUACCGUUAAUUCGACACUAUUUUAAUCAAAUUAAAAACUCGUUUCAUUUAUUUAUAAGCGGAGUCGGUGAUUCCAGUCAAAAAUUCGCAAUGAAUUUUGUCCCAUUACUGAUUUUAGGUCUCACAUUUGCGAAAACAAAUUUCGAGAAAUAUGUUCAACCAAACAACGAGUUUGCCGCAUCUUUGUACAAAGUCUGGUUCCCCAAUUAAUCGAAUUUUGAUUUCAAUUGAAACAAUUUCAGGAGUUGGCAAAAAAUCUGGGAAUUUUAUCGCAAGUCCUUUUUUAGUUGAAUCCACUUUCGCUGCACUCUACUUGGGGAGUUCUGGCAAAGCGGCUGAAGAAAUUCGAAGGGUGUUCCACUUACCCGAAAAAACUGAAGAAACUGAAGAUAAUUUUAAAACUCUAUUUUCGCUUUUUACCAAUCAAGGCUACAACCUCCACAUUGCUAAUAAGUUCUGCUUCAAAGAAUCAUUUUUACUUAAUCCGAUUUGGCAAAAACAAGUGAAGAGCACUUUUCAAAUGGACGCUUCUGUUAUGAAUUUUUCGAACACAACUGCGGUUGCAGAAAAAAUGAAUCAUUGGAUUCGGGAGCACACCAAUGAUAAAAUUGAGACAAUCACAUCGGUGGAAGCUCUCAAUGUUGAAACAGACAGUGUGAUCCUUGGGGCCUUGUAUUUUCAAGGGGAGUGGGAGCAGCAGUUCUCGACCACGGACACAAUUAAAGCCUCUUUUUACAAAACCACAAACAUUUCAGUUUCAGUUGACAUGAUGCAACUUAAGGAACACAUGUUUUUGUAUGGAAAAAGUGAUACUUUAGAUGCCACAUUUUUGGAACUACCUUUCGGAAAAUCUGAAGCUUCUAUGGUCUUCAUCCUUACGGAAAAAUUCGACGGGCUUUACGACCUUGAAUCUAAAAUUGACCAAGUUUUGCAAUUUCGAGACUUUAAUUACCGUAGUUUGAACGUUCUUGUACCGAAAUUUCGAAUUAAGAAUGAGCUUGACCUGAUCGGAAUUCUAUCACAUUUGGGUUUAAGAAAUGUUUUUAGUGUGACAAAUUCUGCAUUAUCUGGACUUAUAAUCAAUAGCACUACACCCAGUAUUACAAAAGUGGCUCAAAAAACAUUUUUAGGUAUUAACGAAAGAGGAAUUGAAGCAGCAGCUGGUCAAAAACUAACUUUGGGAAUGAUGAGAGCCAUGAUAAAAUCUGAUGAGUUUAGGGCUGAUCACCCUUUUAUGUUUUAUCUUAAAAUAAAGGACCUUGUGGUCUUUGUUGGCGGAGUCAUUGAUUUGUAG